GCCUUGACACAUAGUAAAAAUUAAAGAUGAGGUUUUGGACUCUCAUUCUCUUUGCCUUAGCCUCAUUAUUAGCUAUAUCAGCUCAACAAUGUGGUACACAAGCAGGGGGUGCUCUAUGCCCAAAUGGGCUAUGCUGCAGUCAAUGGGGUUAUUGUGGCACCACACUGCCUUACUGCAGAGAUGGUUGCCAGAGCCAAUGCACUGGUGGUCCAACUCCAAGUCCUCCCCCUCCCCCUCCCCCUCCAACUCCAAGUCCCCCCACUCCAACCCCUACCCCCUGUGGUAGCGAUGUCGACAUUAGCUGCAUCAUCACCCCAUCUCUUUUUGACGAAAUGCUUGCAUACCGGAACGAUGCUAGAUGUCCAAGUAAUGGUUUCUACCAAUACGAUGCUUUCAUCACUGCUGCGAAAUCUUUUGAUGGAUUUGGCACAACCGGAGAUGUUGAUACUCGAAAAAGGGAGCUUGUAGCAUUCUUGGCUCAAACAUCUCAUGAAACAACAGGUGGGUGGGCUACUGCACCAGGUGGUCCAUAUGCAUGGGGAUAUUGCUUCAUUGAGGAAGUAGGGACACCGCACUAUCCCUGUGCUGAGAGCUAUCCAUGCAAUCCCAAUAAAGAGUAUUAUGGUCGAGGACCCAUCCAACUCACUCACAACUACAACUAUGCCCAAGCGGGUGAAGCCAUUGGUGAGGAUCUCAUAAACAACCCGGAACUGGUAGCCAACAACGCAAUCCUAUCAUUCAGGACUGCCAUCUGGUUUUGGUCUGAUUUACUGAUUCCUCAUCCUAAUGGCUGAUGAAGUUAAGGAUGAAGUGAAUACAUGGGCGGAAAACGCAACCAAAGGGCUCAUCAAGGAUCUUGUAAGCAAUCUUGCUGAAGAUACAAUAAUUGUGCUAGCAAAUGCG